UUGUCGAACGAGGUGUGCUUUGUUAGGGUUGGAGUGAAUACCAACAGGAUGGAAGAUCUGCAGGAACAGCGUUGGGCAGCCCUGUUAUAGCUGGAGAUGGUUAUGAUGUACGACUUCAGAAUCAGAAUCAUUCUUGUGGUCAUUCACAUGUUUUCUGUUCAUGGUUUGGUGAGGUGACUGACAGACAGUGAAAGCACAGGGUGGGAGGAAAGGGUUUCACAGGAGUGACAGGGCUGUGUGGAGCAGUUGUUGAUCAGUGUCUUGGAAACUGGCAGUUAAUUGGUCAUUGAGAGCAGCUGUGGCGCAUUUUCUCUUGUCCAAUGAGGGUAUGACGACACUCUUCCUGUUGGCAUUAAAAGAGGCAGGAAAUGCCACAUCCAAGUUCAUUUUCUGAUCCUGCUAUCUCUGCCUGUGCUACUCAUGGUCACAGCUUUAUUUCAGCUUGGAUCUCUGCUGGCCUUUUAGGACAUUUUGGUUGAGAUUCAUUUAUUUAAUUGUCAGGCCGAUGGAGGAUAAGCGUUUCAAGAGGGCCCACAGGGACUGGAUUUGCACAGGGUCCAGAAUUUUGUGCUACACCCUGCAAAAUGACAUUGGUUAAAGCGAUUCAUUUAUUUCAGUGUAGAAUACCAGAGGAAGGUGCAACUGCAAGGGCGGGGGAUGGAUGCUGGACUGCUUCGGGGAGAAAUCUGGAACCUAUAAACUUCAGACAACUUCUGUGAAAGCCUUUGCCGUGCAUCCGCUGAUUGGCCGAUUCGGAGGCCCGCCCCCCCCUUCCCGUGGUCCUCCAACCCUGGAUGCUUCCUGUUGCCCUGGAGCCAAUCGCAGCCAAUCGACGACCCCGACCAGCAACGGCAGCGGCGGUGGUGUUAUAAGAGCAGCCGACGUGGAGUCCAGCGGAGCAGACGCCUGCGGCCGCGGUCUUCAGCUGAGGGAGGGAGAGCGCUCUCGCUGUGCUGAAGCCCAUGCGUGGAUUCCACACUUCAGAACCUUCUGGAACUUCUCAAUACCUGUUCUGCUGCUCUCGCCUACAGGAGUACCCCUGAACUUCCAAAGAACUGAACCUAUGUGGGCGUGUCUCUGUGACAGCGUGUGUGUCAGGGCCAAUUAGAGGGAGGCGGAGAGCUCACCACCCCCCGAGGAGCACCCGAAAAAGAGAUGAGAGAGGAGCUCUCCCACGCCGAGUCCCCCGAGGGGGGGCUGGCAGCCAGCGAGGAGGAGUUGGAGCUCGGCCCGAAGAGGGCUGCCGUCACUGUGACGCCCGCCGGGGUCAACGGGCGCAAGCGGGUGCCCUGCCCCAAAAAGGACGCCGCCGGCCGGGCCGAGGAAGGGGGCCUGGGAAGCCCCGGCUGCCUGGCCGCGUCGGGCCCCAAGCGGCCCAAGAGGAGCCCCCCGGUGGCGGUGGCAGUGGCGGGGCCGGGACUGGGGCCGGGGCCGGGGCCGGGCCCCGAGCAGCCCUUCGAGGACCUGCACAGCCAGCGGGUGAUCGCCAACGUGCGGGAGCGGCAGCGGACGCAGUCGCUGAACGACGCCUUCGCCUCGCUGCGCAAGAUCAUCCCCACCCUGCCCUCGGACAAGCUGAGCAAGAUCCAGAUCCUCAAGCUGGCCUCGCGCUACAUCGACUUCCUGUACCAGGUGCUGCAGAGCGACGAGAUGGACAGCAAGCUGGCCAGCUGCAACUACCUGGCGCACGAGAGACUCAGCUACGCCUUCUCCGUCUGGAGGAUGGAGGGGGCCUGGGCCAUGUCCGCCUCCCACUAGCCCCCCCCCCACCCCUUUAAACCUCACCCUCCCUCCACCUCCGCCUUUACUGCACCCUCCGCUCCAUCCUCGCUCGACCCUCCCUCCACCCACAGACUCCACCUUUACUCCACCCCCCACCUCUGUCCUCACCUCCGACUCUCUGCUGACUCCACCUGUCCUUCGCCUCCACCCCCAACUCAACGCUAAAGCCUUCCCGUACCUCCACCCUCACCCCAUCCUUUCUUCAUCCUCCUUCAACCCUCACCUCAACUCUUACUCGACCCCACCUCCAUUCUGCCCAUGCUCUCGUCCCCACCCUUACCCCCACCUCUACAUUCACCCUUCAUCCCCACCUCCAUCCUAAACCCAAAACUGCCCUGCACCCCUCCUUUACCUCCACCUCUACGCUCUCUCUCUCACCUCCAUCUUAAAUCCAACACGUACCUGUACCUCUCCUUUAGCUCCACACCCACCUAUACACUCCCCAUCUCUCACCUCCAUCCUACACCCAACACUUGCCUGUACCCCUCCCUUACCUUUGCCUCCACCCCCACCCUGCAUCCUAAUCUCACCUCCUCACUGCCUCAGAUGCCAAGCAGAUCAGCAGCAGCACCCCAUCAUGGUGGCUGUCACUCAUCUUUCUGAAAAGAGAAGGAACCUCCCCUGUCUGACACGGGGCCGCCCCAUCCCCUCUCCUCCUCCAGCGCUUACGGAUGUGAACCCCGCCCGGAUAAGAACCUGGACCCGUCGUGAGGGCAGAAUUCUCUGGGCGCUGUUGACGAAUUGUUGUCUCUCGCCUGCUUGUUUGUGUGAAUAGCCAUGAGGCCCGAGGCCUCUGCCUUUUUUAAUAAGCUGUGUGAGGGGCGCUAGCGUGAUCCAGCCGUGCUUUAAAAGAAUGGAGACGGACCUGCGAGAGAGACUGAAUGUCGCGUGGGGACACUGGCGCCAGCGUUCUCUCCCACGGCAAGGUUUGAUCGCAGCUGACCUGUGCCUUUUUAUGACCACUCUCAUGAUAUUCUAAACGAAGCCUUGAAUCGAACAGCAAUGAAUUAAAAUGUGGAUAAGUCUUUGAGGUUGAUUUUGCUGGUGCAUGUUUACAAUAGUAUUUUGGGAUGUGCGUCAAUGCUAUUGUGUGAAAUCAUCCCCUUGAGAUGAACACUAGAUUGGGAAAAAUCGGCUGUAUUCCAAAUAUGACUUCAGCUGACUGUUCUUGAGUAAUGUAUGGGUCAUUAAAAGUAAGUGGGUUUGUACAGUGCUUUCUAUUUAAAACCAAUGAAAGGUAAAUGGGAAGCUUCCGAGACAUUUAUAUUAAAUUAGCACCUGUAAUAAAAAGGUUUGUAAUCACCAGUUUGGUAGUAUGAUUAGUAUAUGAUACCAACUUCAGACACUUAAGGGCUGUAUCAACAGGUGACCCUGAUUUUCACACAUAUUGUCCCUACAUCUUUUCAAGACAUUUCAGAUUUGAGGAAGAGAAUUAGCCACCAAUAGAUCUGUUCCUACCCACUAGCACCGUGAUUCUCAGCUUUUUUGGUCUCUAGGAUGAGCAUAGGCCCACAGACUUGGGGUUGAGAACUGUAUUUAGAGAUAGAGAUAUGUAUUUAGUGUAUUUAGGGCUAAUGUCUAUUAUUGAAGAAUUUGAAUUAAGUACUAGAAAAACAUUGGACCGGAUUUCCAGCCUAUGAAUAAGCAACCAAAUUUCACAUUUUGGAUUGCCAUGACAUGGCAUGUUUAUGGACAGUAUGUGUUGAAUUUUCCCCUAAAAUCACAAGAUUUGAACUCACUUCUUUCCUGGUUCCCAAACACUUUUACAACCACUCCGUGUUUUCUUCUUACUUCCACCAACAAGCAGGAGGAAAGAAGCUGAAAUGGCAAUCAUGUGGAAAACCCAUGAACUCUUCAAACACAAGCUUUCAAUAUCUAAAAUUAGUUGGCAGGUAAAAUUUACUAAUGCCUUUUUUUAACGAGCUGCAUUAAUGUCACAAAAAUAAUUUGAACCCUCAUUAAACACCGAUUCUUUUGGCAUCAAACUCAA